CGGCUCGGCAUUUGCAGGGUUUGGCUUAAUGAUUAUCGAACUGUUGGAGCACUUUCGGUUUUACACUUUCAUUUACAAUCCAUCACUAAGCGGAACUUUGUACAUUGUUGUGGGGAAGAAAAGAGUCUCUCCGGUCUGUGUGGACGGACUAAGCGAGGCACCGUGAGGUAGAUGGUCUGUCAGAGCAGCCAGCCAAGUGCAGGCACAGGGAGAUACGCUGCUGCUGACACAGUCUCUGUUUCCUGAUAAAGGUGAGCCGGACUCUCAGCACGGUGGCAGUGUUGAGGUUUACCGAGCGGUGCAGACACCCGGGCUCUCCCCACAGCCGGCGGGGCACACAGAGCUGACCUCCCCCCUCCCAGGGAGCUUCACAUCGGUGCAAAUCUCUGGCUCAAAGAGGUGGGUUUUCGGCUCGACCUGGAAUGUUUGGCUCUGGCGGCGUUUGGGACGGUUUGCGUGGGUCAGCCAGCUGGGGAGGUCCUGCUGUGCCCGAGUGGAUCCCCCCGAACUGCAGCGACAUCAUUCCUGAAGUCCCUGUGAAAAGAAAAGCCAUGAGGCAUCAAGACUCUGGCACUGAACUAAACCAGCCAUGAUGAAAUAUGAGUCUUCUGGGACGUUUCACUCUUCAGUGGGUCAUACUAAGAAAAUCCUGUGACUGAGUGGAGUCUAUCAGCAGAUGUUGAAACAAUGGUUAUAAUUUAGCCCAACCCAUUUAAAGACCUUACAAAGGGGUGGGGGGGGGGGAAUAAAGCCAAGUUACCUAUCCUUUCUUGGAAUUACAAUGCAAGUGAUGAGUUGCCUGUCAUUUGUAAAUGACAAAGAGAAUGCAAAUUCUCCAUCAGUCACUGAUUUAUCACCUGGACCACCAUCACCAUCUCCUCCACCUGCAGGACCAUCACCUCCACCACCACCACCACCGCCACCACCACCACCGCCGCCAGGACUUCCACCUCCUCCUCCACCCCCUCCUCCUCCAGGUUCCCACCAUGGCCAGAAAAAACGGAUUCGCAGUUUCUUCUGGAAAACCAUCCCUGAGGAGCACAUCCGGGGCAAAACCAACAUCUGGACUAUCAGUGCUAGAGGGCACUCCUACAGGAUUGACACUAGUACUAUUGAGGAGCUGUUUGGACAGCAGGAUGAAGUCAAAUCUAAAUUUGGCACAACAAACAAGACUUCAAGGUCCCCGUUUAAAAGCAACAACCAAGAGAUCAGUAUUUUGGAUGCAAAAAGAAGCAUGAAUAUUGGAAUAUUUCUGAAGCAAUUCAAAAGGUCGAAUCAGUGCAUUGUUGAAGAUAUUCGGUCAGGAAGGAGUGAAGCCUAUGGCUCAGACAAACUGCGUGAACUUCUCAAAAUAUUACCAGAGGCGGAAGAGGUAAAGAGGUUGCAAGCCUUCAAAGAUGAUGUGAACAAGUUAUCACUUGCAGAUUCAUUCAUGGUCCUGCUGCUGCAUGUGCCAAGCUAUGCCCUGAGGGUAGAGGCUAUGGUUCUUAAAGAAGAAUUUUCUCCUGCCUGCUUCACUCUCUACAAAGAAAUGAGAGCAAUCCGAACAGCCACAAAAGAAUUGAUGGCGUGUGAGGAACUACAUGCAAUUCUGCAUUUGGUUCUGCAGGCCGGCAAUAUCAUGAAUGCUGGAGGUCAUGCUGGGAACGCUGUGGGCUUCAAGCUCUCUUCAUUACUGAAGCUUGCAGACACAAAGGCAAACAAACCAGGAAUGAACUUGCUGCACUUUGUUGUUCUGGAAGCUCAAAAAAAGGACGCCAACCUUUCAGUUUUCCCUGAGAAGCUGAAGCAUGUCCAGGAGGCAGCAAGAUUGUCAGUAGACAGCAUCGAUGGAGAGCUGCAAUCACUUGUUAGCAGGACAAAAUGGCUGCAAGUAAAUUUAAAGCAAGACUUUGAUCUCCUGCAUCAAAUGGAGGAUUUCACUCAGCAAGCUUUAAAAGAAGUGGAUAAAUUAGAGAGAGAGCGAGAGGAUUUGCAAAGGGAGGCCAACACUCUCAUCGACUUCUUCUGUGAAGAUAAAGAAACAAUGAAAUUAGAAGAAUGCUUUAAGAUAUUUCGAGACUUUUGUGAGCGUUUUAAAAAAGCUGUCAAGGAGAACAGGGACAGAGAAAUCCAAGAUCUCCGUCAACAGCAGAAGCUAAAGGAAUUGGAAGAGAAACGCCAUCUGUGGGUGGCUGGGGAGCGAGCUGUAUUCGGACGGAGCAGUAGUGAAAAUGAUGUGGAGCUUCUCAUCAAAGAUGGACUACACGAGCUUCUGGCUUUCACACAACGAACUUCCCAAAGCCCGGGGGGUGUGAAAAGAACACGAAGCAGACGCAUCCGCUCGGCUGGAGGCUCGGUUAUGGACAGCCAUUUACUGUCCUUUCUGCAGGCUGGUGAAACAGAUGAACAGGCCAAAUCCAACAGUAUCCCUCGAUCGAUGGCACGGUGCUCCAGACAGAGGGCAGCCUGGCAGGAGAUGUCAGAAACUCGAGAAGGCAGUUUAGAUAAUGCAUACUUUGACUCAGACUGGGGCUCUUCUCCUAGCACGCCUGUAAAAGACAGCCUGCGUCGCAGAGCCUCCGCUGUGCCUUACAUUACUGAGAACACAGAGAGUAUUUAUACAACAAACCUAGGGAACACAGAGACUGACAAUGUAAUCAGUCAGACUGGACAUGAAGCUGCCAAUAACAAUGAAAAUAUAAGACAGAAUUGGAAUCACACAAAGAGCACAGAGACCACUAAUAUAAACCAGAUUGCUGCAGUCAGAGAGCAACUUGGGGGCCUUGAAGGUUUACAAAUUUUUAAUUACUCCAAUUCAAAAGUAGCUGACUCUAGCCAAGUAACAACCUGUGACGAAGUUACACUAACAGACAUAGAGUACGCAGAAGACUUGAGUUUGCAAACAACGAGUGUAGAUGUGAGUUUGCACACUCCUGACACAGACAUCAGUCUGCACACUCCUGACACAGACAUGAGUCUGCAGACUCCUGUUACAGAUCUGAGUCUGCAGACUCCUGACACAGGUAUGAGUAUUAUUACUCAUGACACAGAUGUCAGUUUGAACACUCCUGAUACAGAUGUGAGUUUGCAGACUCCCGAGACAGAUAUGAAUUUUCAGCCUCCUAGUGUCUCCAACUCAAGUGUACUUUUGUCCAACCUUAACUACUCCAAUGGUGAGCCUUACUGUGUUUCAAAUCCACACUCAUCUCCACAAAAGGACAAAGUGAAUGAAAGCACUGAUGUUUCUAUAUUGAACUCAGAUAUCAUAAAGUCACCCACUAGCCUUAUUCCAAAUAAGGAGUGUGGAACUGUGUUUUUUGUGUUGGGAUACACAGAUGAUGUGGAUCGUUCUGGAUCUUCAGAGAAAUGUGAAAUAAAAGCUGUUUGUCAAGAAAUCAUCGAAGAAUCACGUCAGGUUUGGGAAAGCCAAGAUAAUCAGAUCAGAGACCAGAUAGCAACAUCUCAUGAGUUAGAGCGCAUGACAUCGGACCAUCUUUCUCUGCCUGUCACUAAAGAUAUAGCCAGACAAAACAUUUUAACUGAUGAGGCAGUCUCUCUGAAAUUGGAUUUGCCAAAGAAGACAAAGCAGGUUUCCAAUGUAAAGCAGCCUCAGGCUGUUAGAGAGAAAACAGCGGCCAGUGUAAAAGCAACAGGGCCUUAUUUCAAUAGUGCAGUCCAUCCCAAAUCUCCAAGAACAGCAAGCCACUCAAAUAACAAUGAAAUAAAAAAGAUUAUGCCAAUAUCAAAGUCAACCAGAAGAUCAAAUAGUGUUAAAAGACUGGAAACGAAAACAUCAAAUAGUGAUGAACUAAGGCAGUCACAAAAGGCAACAGGAUCAAAUAGGAGGGACAGCUACUCAAAGACCCCCCGUAGGUUCAGCUGUACAACUGCAGAUCAGAAGCCAACAAAGGGGACUAGUUCUUUGGAUAGCUCAUCAAAUAGUCUGCCAAAGCGUAGAGAUUCCCUCCAUAAACCUAGUGCUAAACCAGUCCACAAUAUCCCCAGGCCGAAACCAGAGGAAAGCACUAAAAUCUGUCGCUCGAGUACAAGAGGUUCCCCUAAGUCGAGAGCAGACACUGGUGGGGCAGGGGGAACCACUGAGAGAAGUGGCAUUGCCACACCAAACCCAACUCCUAACUUUGCCAGGAAUACUGUGGCAUCAUCAUCUCGACGCCAAAAGGUAGAGUCCACGCGGAUCCCCGGCACAUCUCCACAAACCCCCAAGACAACAAGCCUUACCAGAGCUGCUUCACAAAGGCAACCAACAACAAAGUGCACUGGGACAAACCACACAAGGAGCAAUGAAAAUGCUCAUCUGAAAAGGGCAGGUAGCCAAAAACCAUUGAGCAAGACUCCAGAGGCGAGUAAAACUCCGAGCUAUAAAACUGAAAUCACUUGCACAGGAAACAAUAGUUUGCUGAAAUCUACAGAAAAGAAAACUGUCCCAGCAGCAGACUCUGGCCGGGUUAGGAAAACUCCAGAACGGGUACUGAAAUGGAAGUGAGUUUUCCAAUUGUGUGUAGAUUCGAGUAGUAUCCAGUUAAAGGCGAUGAGGGAAUCCUUCUGCAAGGCAAGUUCACUCCUCAUGAGCACCCAGCUCAACGUUUCAUUGGUGCAUGAUGUUGUUCCACAUCUUGUCAAGCUGAUGGUACUCGCUCGAACAUUAGGCUUCCAGCCAGAGGAUCGGAAAGUCAUCAGAAAUCCCAUUGCCAGCUGGUGCACAAGCUUUGAUGUUCUUGAACCCCCUGAUGUUAGCCGGAUUGCUAGAACUGCUCUCUGGGGCACUGGGAGGAGGUGGCGAAAUCGCUCAAACCCAGUCUGCCUUUUACAAGUGCACCUCCUAUCAUCCAGUCAACAGAUAACCAGAGAAAUAUGCUGGCCACAUCAGUUUUAUUGUAACAGAGGGAAGCAGGAAUAGAAGGCCGAAUGAGGGAAUAAUGAUUGUAAUAGAAGUUUGCAUUCUCAUUCUACUGAUGCUGAACCAGAACCGAACAGCAUCUUAAUUAACAGCAACAUGAUUGCUAAUUGCUCAGGAAGAAUUGCUGGUCCAAGGUGUUUUUGCAGGAUUGAGUUAGAAUGCUGUUUGCCUGUAAUAGGAUCUUGAUGCAUUACAUUAAAAAUUAGACAAGCUAAGUUAGCUUAUCUCUCUUGGUAGUUUUUCAAUGUAUCUCUUUAAAGUGAGUGUCAAUGUUAAAUCUUUUAGUUUCUAGAAGGUGCAUAUUUAUCAUUCUGGUGGGCUGCUACAUUCUUUUUAAGGGAGGAGGGUAUUGGUGCUGCGGGUUAGAGAUAACAGUGAACGAACUAGUGGGCUGACAUAUCCACUCGAUAACAUAGUUGCAGCACCAUAAUUUAUUUUUUGUAUUGUGAUAUGUAUAAUGUAUAAUGUGUAUAAUAAAAGUGCAUAGCAUAAUCUGUACAGUAAAUACAAUAGCUGAUUAUUCAGGAAUGACAUUCCAUAGAGCAGUACCAUUCAUGGCCAGUUAUUUUGAUGAAGCAGUCACUGAUUGUAAGGUCGUUCAGAAAUUUGAACUUGGGAUUUAGAUCGGCCAUUGUAUGUUGCUCUAUUGUGUUUUCUGAUACUCCUGGACAAAAGGACAUUCUUUCUCACAAUAUUGGAGAAGUGGUCCUAAGUUGCACAAUAACACUGCUUAUAACACACAGACCAUAGUGAGAUUCUUCAUCUUGACAAUGAUGAUAAACCUUUCAAGAUCAGAUGUUAACUGGUGAUGUUUGAGCACAAACAGUGCUAUAAAAGAACCUCACCUUUUGUAUUUAAUAGUGACCUUAGCAAUGUGCUAGUCUGUAUAUAUAGGUGUUGCACUGCCUGUUUACCAGUUAUUUUCCCUUCUGUUUUGAUUAAAUAUGAAAACUGUAUACAUCUAAAUACAACUGCUUUGUCAAAUUCAUGCCUGGCUGCAAUAGCGGUUUGUCAGUCCAUUCUUUGUUUUACUCUGUAACAUUUUUAGGGGGAUAUAUAUUUUACCCUGGUCUCUCUGAAGAGGCUACUUUAAUCUGAAUGAACUGUGUAUUUUUCUUAGAGCUGAGCUCAUUCUAUCUCUUACCUGACCCACAUGCUGUAUGGGAAAUGAACCCAACUGAACAUGACUUGGUGUGACUGGCUGCAGACUGCUGAAUCACCCCACGCUGUGCUUGAGAUUAAUAGCAUUUUAAUUGUUUUUAUUGGCAAAUUAAGGAAGCUUUUCUUUUCUUUUCUUAUGCCUUUAACUGAGACAUUUGAGAGCAUUAUUUUACAUCCACAAUAGAGAGACAGAGAGUUUAAUGUAAACACAACAAAACUGAUAUUCAGUCUGAAAAUAUUUCACAUUUCAAUUUGGCAAAGUGCAAGCAUUUUCUUUGUCUCUGAUACACUUUUGCUGAUUUGGCUAUGAUGUUUGUUAGCUUCAUUCAAAUUCUCUAUUCCUGAUCAAUUCCCCCAGCCUAUGUCACUGUGUGACAAAGGGCAGUACGUUGGUGAUAACUGUGUGACAAAGGGCAGUACGUUGGUGAUAACUGCUUCAUUUUACCUUGUCAGUGGCUGCCUUUAUCAAGUUUUUUCCAAAUACAAUCACUCAGUGGCCAUUUCAGAUUGUAUGGUUACCUUCAAGUUGUGAACAAAAGUGAUGUAUCUUUGUAAAUUGAAAUGAAGUGUUGUAUACAGUAACAUUUGCACGUUCCACAUAACUUCUGUUCAGUCAAGUAUUAAAAGUAAGU